AUGAACGGCUAUACAAGACGCAAUGAGAAUCACGAUGGUUACAAUUUCACCCACCAAACGGCCCUACCUCUUCCGUACAGCCAUAACGACAACAAUGACUUCAGUGUAAAUGAGCCAGGGGCAUUCAGUUUCAGCCAACCACCUUUUCAUCCUUUUACACCACAAUUUACUUCACCAUACAGUCAUCCCAGCCUAUCCACAAGCACGCAUCAUUUUUCCUCGAGCAACCAUUCCCCAGCGCAUUCCAUUCCUUCAACGCCCGGCCAUGUGCCCCUGCAGCAGCAUCCUACGCAGUAUCUCUCCCAUUCGCGCUAUAUUCAGUCGCCCAGCUAUUCUACCCUGCGCGAAGCGCUCGGUGAUGCGGACAUCGAGGCCCAGGAGUCCAGCAAUGAGCACACUAUGCUUUCAGAACCAGUUGUACCACCACUAGAAGGCUUUCCAAAUGUGAGGGAGUUUGACCAAUUAAUGAAAAGUUACGUCGACGACUUAUCUGUCAAGAAGCAAGAUAAGGCAUUGAUCCAUGCUAAAAGAGCGCGAAAUAUCAAGACCGUGCUGUUAGACCCUAAAGAUACAGCUAUAGAAUCAGCUCAAUUUCGAUUUUGGGUAAAAAAAAUGUUCAAGCUCCAAGCUGUUGGUCCUGGAGUAUCAGAUGUCAUAUACAAGGUUGAUUUGCCACGAAGAGAAACCAGUGGCCAUUCGAGAGAAGCUCUUCAAGAUUCUAACAAGAGCACAUCAACAAUGUCAACAUGGAGGAAGGGACAAGACCUCAGCUCAAGUUCGACAGAUCUAUUCGUGGUGACCUGCAACGUCGUCCUUGCGUUCUCCACUCAUGAAUCUACGUCAUAUUCUCGAAGGGUUCCGAAAGAACUCAUCUCACGCUUUGUCAAGAUAUGUCCUACUUGCCAAGUGCGUCGCGGCGGCUCCCGAUUGACGCCUCCUAGUUCAAGAAGGAGCUCUCCACGACUAGAGACAGUGUCGCGCUCGCCAGCACUCCCAUCGCCACCAAUUUCUAGGCGCGACUCCAACUUGAACGCUCAAUUGUCGUUGGACAGAUCCCAGGCUGAUUUGUUUAGUCAAUUCACUACUAGUCAUGGCAAUCAUGGUCAUUGGAUAGACAACCAAAGAAACCUACAAGAGAGGCAGCCGCUGUCUUCCACUAAUAUACGCUCAUACGGAGGUGGAGCGAUGAGCCACCUUUCGGGAUCUGUCCCGGGAGUUCUAGAGCCAUUCCAAAGUGACUUGUCGGUCUCACCACCUCAAAUAGGUUAUGGCACAAGCUUUGCUCCAGCACAUGGAUCAUCUGGUCAAAGAAGCUAUUGA